ACUAGAAGAUGAAAACGCAAAGCCACCCCAGUGAUUAGAAUUCUGUUGUAGUUCAUGCCUAGAUAUUGCAGGAAAAAAAUAAUUCUUCUUUUCUGAAGAAUUAUGAGCGAAAAAUCAGCUUGAGAAUUAAAAAAAAUGGCAGCAUCUCUUCCAGCAGGACUGAAUUCAUCAGCUCAGCCGUUGGCCCCUCCUCGAAAUAACUAUUCUUCCAAUCAGACCACAGCUCGCCCUUCGCGCGAGGAUAUCAGAAAAGAAGUCGAAGAUGAAAUCAGGAAUUUGCAUUCAGAGGAUCCCGUAAAGGUGGCCAAGGCGGCUGCGGGGUUAGUGAUGUUGGCCACAUUGCCUGCUGCAGAACCUUAUUUGCUUCCUGCGGUAACUCAGUUAUCCAUGUUACUGGAAAAUGCAGUGUCAAUUGAUGUCCAGAGAAAUGCUUGUGCAGCUCUAACAGCAAUUAUGAAUGCAAAUCUCCAUCUUUAUAUAGUUGUUGUGGAGUCGCCUCAUCUGAUGGAAAGACUUCUACACUGUCUUGAAAAUCAUGAUAAAGGGCUUCAAAUCAAUGUUGCUGCUGCAGUAAGUGUUUUGGCACAACGUGGUGAGGGAUUGCAGAUUAUAAAAGCAACUGAAGCUGAUAUGAAACUUCUUUCUUUACUUGAGUGUGCAGAUGAUUUGAGGCUAGGUGAAGAGAUCACUGAUGCAAUCUGUGCAUUAGCCGUUCAUCAAGAAAUGAGGUUACGUCUAGUUACAAAGGGGGCUGUGUCAAGGCUGGCAGCUAAGCUGAAUAUAGGAUCAUCAGAAAUAUGUGUUAGGGUGCUGUUAGGCUUGGGGAUGCUCUGUGGUUCCAGUCAAGAAGCUCAGGAGCAGCUUGCAGAAACUGAUGGUGCCAUCUUUACACUUUUAACACUCGUUAAGUCAAGUGAUCCAGACAUUAGGGCUAUUGCACAUGAUCUUUUUGCAGCUUUGAGCUCAAAUGAACGAGUUAAAGUGAAGAUAGAACAAAUGCUGAUGAACAAUCCUAUUAUCAGAGGCAGAUAGACUGUGGCAGUUCUUUUGCUACAUCAUCAUGUACUGAUUUAUGUAAAGGUUAACCAUGAAUCAGAUUCUUUAGAUACACACAUGCUGAUGACAUGUUACAGGUAUAUCUGGACCAUACCAUCUGCAGUUGAGAUUUUAACGAUUAAUAUAUUCAAGUGGGUGAAGAUUGAAAGAAGAAAACCAGAAUAAUGAUUAGUCCCCGUAUAAUUCUUACCUCUUCAUCACCUAACAAUAAAUGAUCUGUUUCUUUUUA